AUGCAACCUGUUAAUUGGGAGGACUUGUCGCACCAAGAUGUAACUGCAGCCACUGAUGAAGAUCCAGCUCCUCCUGACUUGAUGAGCGUUGUUGGGGAAGACAUUGAGGUCGUGCACCAAAUGGAGCAUUCUUCAAACCAAAACAUUGAGAGUCCGGCUUUCAUCAAGGCUUUGAAGGAGUUCCAAGAAAGCAAUGGCCUGUCAGUUACUGGUAUUGUGGAUGUACCCACUAGAGAGGCAAUGAAUGUCCCUAGAUGUGGAGUACCAGACCAGAAGUCCCCACCCAACAUUCCAAUAUCUGCUUAUGCCACAGGUGGUACCAGCCAGGCGGCUGAGAGCAAAGCCAACACGACUGGAAGCAAACCUGUCCGCAAGAAACGGUUUUUGCACCACUUCUUUCACAGCCAAAGGUCCAGAGGCAGGCGAACGGAGGUUGCUGACGGCAACGUCUCUGGCCUGGCCUUUGGCAAGCGGAGGUUGAAGUGGCGGCUGCUGAGUGAGGGCUACAGCUCUCAAAUGUCGGUGAGCGAGCAGAGAGCGGCCAUCAGGCUGGCCUUCAGACUCUGGAGCGAGGUCACACCAAUAGACUUUGAAGAGGAUCAGAGGUCCUCGGUCACUGCUGUGGACAUCACGCUGGGAUUUGGAACAGGACGCCAUUUAGGCUGUUCCCAGGCAUUUGAUGGGUCUGGCCAGGAGGUGGCACACUCGUGGCAGAAUGGAGCCAUCCACUUUGAUGAUGAUGAGCAUUUCACAGCAGCCAACAGCAACCAGGGAAUCAACCUGCUGAGGGUGGCCGUGCAUGAGGUAGGGCAUGUCCUAGGCUUGCCUCAUAUGUACAGCAGGGGGUCAGUCAUGCAGCCCAACUACAGUGCAGAGGGCAGAGUCACCGAGCUGGAUGUGACUGACAGGAAAGCCAUCCAGCGGCUGUACGGGGUGUGUGAGGGGCCGUUCGACACGGUCUUUGACUGGGUCCGAAGAGAGAGGGCUCCGGAUAGCAGGCUGGUCAUUACCUUCAACACGUACUUCUUCCGAGACAGUUGGUACUGGAUGUACGAGAACCAUAACAACCGGACACGGUACGGAGACCCCCUACCAAUCUGCACCGGUUGGCGUGGCAUCCCCAGAGCAGGCAUCGACGCCUUCGUGCAUAUCUGCACAUGGUCCAAGGAUGCUGCCUACUUCUUCAAAGGAACUCAGUACUGGAGGUACGACAACAUAAAUGAUCGUGCCUACACACAGGACCCAUAUGGUGUCAGUUAUCCCAAGCUCAUCUCCAGCGGUUUCCCUGGCAUUUCUGGUCCAAUUAAUGCAGCCUUCUUCGACAGACGUGACCAGUGCAUUUACUUCUUCAAGGGCAGCACGGUCACAGCAUUUAAUGUCAACACUAACCUGAGGGUCGCCGGAUUCCCUAAAAGGAUCAUUGAUGUCUUCCCACCUGUGGACCCAGGAGAUCAUCCAUUAGGUAACCUGGAUGCUGCGUAUUAUUCCUACACCCACAGGGCUAUCUUUUUCCUCAAAGGCAUUUAUUUCUGGAGGGUGAUCAACAGACGUGAUCGGGUGACCAACCCUAGCCUGCCCUACAAUGGCCUGUGGCCAAAGCGCAAGGUCAGUGAGCAGUGGCUGGAUAUCUGUAAUGUGCACCUGUCUACCAUGACAUGAAGCCAGAGACCUACCCUGCUGGGAUAG